GCAUUCGACUCAUUGGUGAUACACUCUGAUGUGUGGUUGAUAAGUUUGCAGCAGUGGUGAUUGGUGGAAUGCAGUGUUAUCUGAUGGAUUCUUUUGAAAUCAAAUCGUACGGUCAAUGCAACUGUCACAGUCCGUUUCAACGAAUCACAUUGUUUAUAUAGUAAAUUUGGGUUUCAUUUUCAUAUUGUAUACGACGCUUUUCGUUCGGUUAAAAACGCCGACGCAUUUUCCAAUUUUUCCCUUUUCAACGAAAACACACUGAGGCCAUGAAUAACGGAGCCGAUGUUCGUUUGGAUGAGCAAACUCGAAAUUUGCUCAUCGAGUUGGUAAAAGAUCGUCCUAUUUUAUUUACGGAUUGUGGCGAUCGGAGUGCCGAGCUUCGAGAUGAACGUCAAAAAUUGUGGGACGAAAUUGGCGAGAAAAUCAAUAUACAACCCGAGGUGUGCAAGAUUAAGUUUACCAAUUUGAAAAACAACUAUUUCAAGAACUUGCGGAAUGAUUCGGUCGGUCCAGAGAUGAGACGACGUUUGGAAUUCUUGGAUGAGUUGGCUCCAUGGAACCGCAUUCAACAUGAAAAACCCGCCCGCAUUACGCAGCGUCGUUCAACCAAACGCAUUCGUCCCGACUACAAUGAAGAUUCGGAUAGCGCAAUUUUGGUGAACACAUCCACUACAAGUGUGCAACCAGAAUCAACAGCGAAUUUAUCGGCUGCAAGCAAUGGUGUUUCCAAUGGUCAUUACAACGCUGUACACAGUCCGAAAUUGUUGCAAUUUGCAAAACCCGCCGUGAUUAGUGAAAACAGCAACAACGGUGAAUCCAAACCAAAUGUUGUCAAUGGUUCAGCGACCGAAAAACUGAUGGCACAAUGGACGCCACAGUCGAAUGGCGGCGAAGUUGACGAUUUAACAUCGUUUUUCCAGAGUAUGGAGCAUACUGCACGCAAAUUCAACGCACGCCUCAAAGUGAAGGUGAAGCGUAUGAUUUCCGACAUCAUUUAUGAUGCCGAAGAACAGUGGCUCAACACUCAAACAUAAUUUUUUUUUUCUCAUACAAGACCAUUUUUGUAUUUUCAAAGGCAGCUGUUAUGUCUUCACAUUUUUUUCUUCUUCUUAAUUUCAUAAGAGAUUCUUUUCUUUAGUAUUUCGUUAGGUUAAUCGAAAACCAAAUUAAUAUUAUUACUCAUGUACAAUCAUUCGUAUCAUGUACUCAUUUUAUGUGAUACUGUACCAAAAACAAAAAACAAACAAACAAUUCAUAAGUAAAACAAUUACAAAACAUGUUAUUGUUCCAUUAAAAAAU